UUGGAGGCAUUUGCAUACUUUUGCUAGUGAAUAUUUUGUCAAACACAGCAACUGAUGCAAAUUUUCUCCGUUCAGAUCCCAUUACUUGAUUUUAGGAUUGAAGCACAGAGCCUCAUAUGCUAUAAAUAAGCAAUAUUUCCCUUAACAUCCCAAUACACGACGCAAGUUCCAGAGAAAGGAGAGAGGGAGCUGGAAGUCCCUUCAGCUUGUGGUUCACUAUAGCCUCAGCUGACUUCUCUGCUUCUCUUCUUCUACCGUUCACUUCACACACUUCCUAUAAGUGUCAACCGUGGAUAAUGCUAGGAAUCUAAUCGGCACCGAUCUUAUCUACCAUUCAAUUUAAAUUUGGGUAUUAUCUAACAUUCAAUUUAAAUUCGGGUGCUUUCUGGGCUUUGGUAUAAUCCCAAAAAGAAUUCAAUGGUGGGUGUUUUUCAGUGCCUGAAACUCUUGAAAAUUGUAUCUUUUAUCUGUUUGGCGCUCUUGAGCUCUGUCCAUGGGCUUGGUGAGCAACCUCUCUCCAAAAUCGAUAUUUACAAAACCACCCUUGCGCUUAGAGAUUCAGCUUCCGCCAAAGCUUCCCCUAUUCUUCUUGGAUUGAAGAAUGAGGAUACCCAGUGGGUAACAGUGGAUAUUGUGCAUCCUGAACCAUCUCCAGCUGAUUGGGUUGGAGUGUUCUCUCCUGCCAAAUUCAACUCAUCAACAUGUCCACCAAUAAAUGACCGCAAACAGCAAAAUCCAUAUAUUUGUUCAGCCCCAAUUAAGUACAAGUAUGCAAAUCAUUCCAAUUCAGAAUACACAAAGACUGGCAAAAACACUGUGAAAUUUCAGCUGAUAAAUCAGCGGGCAGAUUUCUCCUUUGGGUUAUUUUCUGGUGGAUUGUCGAAUCCAAAACUGGUAGCAGUUUCAAAUUCCAUAUCAUUUGCCAAUCCUAAAGCACCGCUGUAUCCACGUCUUGCUCAAGGAAAAUCUUGGGAUGAGAUGACCAUAACUUGGACAAGUGGCUAUAACAUAGAUGAAGCUGUUCCAUUUGUUGAAUGGGGUCUGAACGGGGGAAUGCCAGAGCGAUCACCUGCUGUAACAUUGACAUUUCAUCAAAACAGCAUGUGUGGUUCACCUGCACGGACCGUAGGCUGGCGUGAUCCUGGAUUCAUACAUACAAGUUUCUUGAAAAAUUUAUGGCCAAACAAUUGGUACUCAUAUCGGAUGGGUCAUAUAUCAUCUAAUGGUUCUUAUGUCUGGAGUAAGAUGUAUUCGUUUAAAUCAUCCCCAUAUCCCGGACAAGACUCAUUACAGCGUGUCAUAAUAUUUGGUGACAUGGGGAAGGCAGAGCGUGAUGGUUCAAAUGAGUAUAGCGACUAUCAGCCAGGUUCACUCAACACCACAGAUCGACUCAUUGAGGACUUGAACAAUAUUGACAUAGUGUUCCAUAUAGGAGAUAUAACAUAUUCAAAUGGAUACAUUUCACAGUGGGACCAAUUCACAGCACAGGUGGAGCCCAUUGCAUCCUCUGUGCCAUACAUGAUUGCGAGUGGAAAUCAUGAACGUGACUGGCCAAAUACAGGAUCCUUCUAUGACACUACAGAUUCAGGUGGGGAAUGUGGAGUGCCUGCGGAGACCAUGUUCUAUGUACCAGCAGAAAACAGAGCUAAAUUUUGGUACUCAACUGAUUAUGGCAUGUUCCACUUCUGUAUAGCCGACACUGAGCAUGACUGGAGGGAGGGAUCAGAACAAUAUAGGUUCAUCGAGCAAUGCCUUGCAUCUGCAGAUAGACAAAAACAGCCUUGGUUAAUCUUUGCAGCUCAUCGUGUCCUGGGGUAUUCCUCUGAUUACUGGUAUGGCCUAGAGGGCUCAUUUCAAGAGCCAAUGGGGAGAGAAAGCUUGCAGAGGCUUUGGCAGAAAUACAGAGUAGAUAUUGCAUUUUUUGGACACGUACACAACUAUGAAAGAACAUGCCCUAUUUACCAGAAUCAAUGCGUGAACACUGAAAAAAACCACUAUUCGGGCACAGUGAACGGAACAAUCCAUGUUGUUGCGGGUGGAGGAGGCAGCCAUUUGUCGAAAUUCAGCGACGUUACACCUAAGUGGAGCCUUUACAAAGAUUAUGACUUCGGAUUUGUCAAAUUAACAGCAUUCAACCAUUCAUCCCUGCUCUUUGAGUACAAGAAAAGCCGGGAUGGGAAGGUGUACGAUUCUUUCACCAUUUCAAGGGACUACAGGGAUGUUCUGGCAUGUGUGCAUGAUAGUUGUGCAGAAACCACUUUGGCAUCUUAAAACUUUUAAAUCCACGCUUUUUAAGUGUUAAAAAAAUGCAAAUUCCUGAAGUAUGCUACAGUUAGGUUGUAAUAUGUAAGCAGGUUCUCUAAUAAUAAAAAGCUUUUUAAAUACA